ACCUGGACAUGCGACAACAACACCUCUCCGACCUGCGACUGCUACACACACAAUCAAGCGGCGCAUGCUUAAACCGUAACCAUGCCAGGCCCUUUCUCCUCCAAAUCCUUCAGCGCCACCCUCCCCAACUCGCUCGCCGCACGCUACCGCAAAUCGCUCCAAAAGCAUCCCUUCCUCCUCUUCGGCCUACCCUUCCUUUCCACAAUCGUCCUGGGCUCCUUCAUGUUGACACCCGCCACGGCGCUGCGCUACGAGCGAUACGACCGCAAGAACCAGCAGAUUACACAGGAGCAGGCCAUGGGCUUGAGGGGAGAGCGCAGAAAGGUCAACAUGAAGGAUGAGUAUUAUCGGUUGCAAGCAAAGGAUCUCGAGGAUUGGGAGCAACGGCGUGUUAAGCGUCUACCAGGCGAGCCGGAUGGUACGCUUGUAUGAUUUUGUGAUUGGCGAUAAAGCAUUGGGUAUGGCGUUUAGGUGCUUCACUCUGGGGAGAACAUGUUAUUAUAGGAAUGAACAGGAAUCAUAAUAUUGAGAUAAACUCUGAGAACG